AUAACUUUGCAGAGUAAUUGGUAUGAAGUCUCCGAUGACAAGGAAUCAACAAGAAAUAGAGGAUUACAUUUUGAUAUAGGAAUGUUGGCACAUCCCUUGUUUAAGGGACGUUGGCCUGAUGAAAUGGAAGUCUAUGCCAGAAAUUUCAACAUUACAAGUGUAAAAGGUACUAUAGAUUUUCUGGAUUUGCUGUAUGUGGGAACCAUGUUUGCUGAUCCUGUUCCAAGAGAAAAUACUGAAUUCUCAUCAUUUGAUAAUGAUAAAGAACUUAGGAUUUACAAAUACACAUCUGAUACUGAAGCAGCAUCUGGUAUAAGAAAAAUCCUGAAAUGGAUUAGUAAAGAAUAUCCAAUAGCAGUGAUGUAUAUGGCAGGGUAUCUUGGUAGACCAGCUAGUGGAAAACAGUCUUUACAGGACACAGAAACUGUCCAGUGGUACAAAGCUCACAUUAAUCAAUUACUGAAAGCAAUACAAGUUGAUAAAAUUUCCAGCUUGAAAAGAUUUUAUGGUCGUUCAUUGAUUGACAGUUUUGAAUGGACUGAUGGCUACAAUUUUAGCUUUGGAUUUUGCAUGGUGAAUUAUUCUGAUCCUACUUUGCCAAGAAUGCCAAAAUUUUCUUCAUAUUUUUACAAGCAGUUGAUAAAAGAUCAUGGUUUUGAGCCAGGAUACCCAGGUGUAGGAGGAGUAUCAACAUCUAUGGUGGCCAAUGAGAACACAUUUCUGUAUGGAAAAUUUCCUGAACAUUUUAAAUGGUUUACUGCAACAGCUGCAUAUCAGAUAGAAGGUGGUUGGAAUGAAGAUGGUACAGGUGAAAGUUUAUGGGAUUACAUAUCUCAUCUGGGUAUAGUAAAGAACAAGGACACAGGAGAUAUAGCUUGUGACAGUUACCAUAGAUAUAAUGAAGAUAUACAACUUCUGUCUGACCUGAAGGUAUCAGCUUAUAGAUUUUCUAUAGCUUGGACUAGAAUAUUCCCCAAUGGUAGUGAUCUAAUACCAAACCAGCCAGGAAUAGAUUAUUACAAUAGACUUAUAGAUGGGUUGCUGGCAGCAGGUAUCACACCAAUGGUAACACUGUAUCAUUUUGAUAUCCCACUUGAACUAGAGAGAAUUGGAGGAUGGGCAAAUGAAAAUACAAUCCAGCAUUUCAAGCGUUAUGCUGAUGUCUGCUUUAAGAAGUUUGGAAAUAAGGUGAAGUAUUGGUUUACAAUGAACGAACCAAUGCAGCAGACAACGAAUCUGACAGCACCUGGACAACCACACACCUAUGUUCUAGCUCGUAAUAUGUUGUUAGCUCAUGCAGAAGCCUAUCACUUAUACAAUGACACCUACAGAGCAUCACAAAACGGACAGGUAUCUAUUGUACUAAACUCUGCAUGGUAUGAGCCUAAGAGUCCUAGUGAUCCCAGAGAUAUAGAAGCAGCAGAAACAGCUUUACAGUUCCGGCUGGGUUGGUUUGCUCAUCCUAUCUAUGUAAAUGGUGACUAUCCAGACAUAAUGAAAGAAAGAAAUAAAAUGAAUAUACAGAAAAAUAUAGUUACAAUGGUACUUCAAGAUUUUACCCAUGAACAGAAAGUCAAAAUUUAUGGAACGUCUGACUUUUUCAGUGUUAACAUGUAUAGUUCCCACCUGGCAUCACCAGUAGGAGAUAUAGAACCUAAGACAGAUUAUGACAAAGACAUGGGUGUACGUCGGGAAUAUGAUCCAAAGUGGGAUAAAACUUGCCUUGAUGGCUUCAGAGUGACUCCUUGGGGACUACGAAAACUCCUUAACUGGAUUAAAUACAAAUAUAAUGUACCUGUUAUGAUAACUGAGAAUGGAAUGUGCGAUGAUGGAAAUCUACAUGAUAUCAGAAGAAUCAAUUUCCUCAGGGCUUAUACAAAUGAAGUUCUUAAAGCUAUCACAAUUGACAAAUGUGAUGUUAUUGGAUAUUCUGUUUGGUCAAUGAUGGACAAUUUUGAAUGGAUUGAAGGAUAUUAUCCAAAAUUUGGUAUGGUCCAAGUAAAUUUUAGUAGCCCUGAAAGAACAAGAACACCAAAAGACUCUUUUCAGUUUUACAAACAACUUGUAACAGAGAAUGGCUAUAUUCCUGGUUACCGUGGUGAUGGAGGACGUGGGACAGCACCAUCAUAUGAAGAUGAGUUUUACUAUGGUGUUUUCCCAGAUGAUUUUGAAUGGAGUUCAGCUACAUCUGCAUAUCAGAUAGAAGGAGGCUGGGAUGAAGGGGGUAGAGGUGCUAGUAUUUGGGAUGACUUCACUCAUAUGGGAAACAGAAUAGUUAACAAUGCUACUGGUGACGUGGCCUGUGAUAGUUACCACAAAUAUAAAGAUGACAUCAAAAUACUGAAAGAGAUGGGGGUUAAGUCCUAUCGUUUUUCAAUAUCCUGGUCUCGAGUAUUGCCAGAUGGAGAGUUGCCCAAUGUCAAUGAAGAAGGUAUCGAAUAUUACAACAAACUAAUAAAUGGAUUGCUGGAUGCUGGUAUAAAACCAAUGAUAACCAUUUAUCACUGGGAUCUCCCUGCUGCACUUGAGAAAAACCAUGGAGGAUGGCUGAACUCUUCUAUCACAGAUUACUAUGAAGCCUACGCUGGUUUAUUGUUUGAAAGAUUUGGUGAUAGAGUUAAACUUUGGAUUACAUUUAAUGAACCCUGGAUAGUUGCUUGGUUAGGAUAUGGAGUUAACUCAUUUGCUCCGGGAAAAUUUGGACCUGGUACUAAUACCUAUGUUGUUGGCCACAAUUUAAUCAGAGCUCAUAUGAAGGCUUACAGACUGUAUGAAGGGAAAUAUAAAGGAAAACAAAACGGUCAAGUUGGCAUCACCUUAAAUGUUGGAUGGGCUGAACCAUUGGAUCCCUACGACCCUUCACAUGUGGAGGCAUCAGAGCGUGGAAUGCAGUUUGAUUUUGGUUGGUUUGCAAAUCCGAUUAUGUUUGGUGAUUAUCCUGAUGUUAUGAAGAGUAGAGUAAGAAACAACAGUCUUCUGCAAAAUCUUGCCAAAUCCAGAUUACCAGAAUUUACAGCAGAAGAACAAAGAAAUCUUAAAGGAAGUACAGACUUUCUUGGAUUGAAUUUUUAUACAUCUUUCUUAGUAUAUCCAGAAGAUAAAGAUGUAAUCAAUGAUAUUAGUUAUGAUACAGAUAAAGGGAAUGGAGGCAAAGGGGAUCCAUCAUGGCUUGGAUCUGGAUCUUCUUGGUUGAAAUUUACACCAUGGGGAUUAAGGAAAGCCUUAAAUUGGGCCAAGAAUCAUUAUGGAAACGUACCUAUCUACAUCACAGAAAAUGGUGUGUCAGACAGAAAUGGAAGUUUGGAAGAUGAUCACAGAAUAUUCUACUUUAAACAUUACAUUAAUAGUAUGCUAAAAGCAAUACGAAUAGAUGAUGUAGAUGUGAGGGGCUACACUGCAUGGUCAUUAAUGGAUAACUUUGAAUGGAACAGAGCUACCACAGAGAGAUUUGGGCUUUACUAUGUUAACUUCACAGACCCAGAAAGACAAAGGAUACCAAAGGCAUCUUCAAGAUUUUUCAGACAGUUGAUAGAAACAAAUGGUUUCUUCCCAAAUUUUGAAAUACCCAGGGCUCCAUUUGAACCAGUUCAUGACCACAGAGAUCCAAACAAUCUUCCUAUGUUUGAUGAUUUCUACUAUGGUACCUUUCCUGAUGACUUUGCUUGGAGUUCUGCCACAGCUUCCUACCAAGUAGAGGGUGCAUGGAAUGAAGAUGGUAAAGGAUUGGGUAUCUGGGACACAUACUCUCAUCAAGGUAAAAUAUAUGGCAAUGAUACUGGUGAUGUUGCAUGUGACAGCUACCAUAAAUAUCACGAGGACAUUAAGAUUAUGUCGGACAUGAAGGUAACCCAUUACAGAUUCUCUAUUUCCUGGCCCAGAAUAUUACCGGAUGGAACCACAAAAUACAUCAAUCCAUUAGGAAUCAAAUACUACAAUAACUUGAUUGACAGUUUGAAGGAUGCUGGGAUUGAACCAAUGGUCACUUUAUUCCAUUGGGAUGAACCACAAGCUCUACAAGACAAUUAUGGUGGAUGGCUGAAUGAGACCACAUCAGAUUUGUUUGCUGAGUAUGCAAGAAUUUGUUUUAGGGAGUUUGGUGAUAGGGUGAAGUUAUGGAUUACGCUGAAUGAGCCAUGGGUAGUAUCAACACAAGGAUAUGGAAAUGGGGGUAAAGCUCCCGGAAUACCAGGCCCUGGGACAACAACAUACAUUGCUGCUCACAACUUGAUAAAAGGACAUGCUAAAGCUUACCAUAUAUAUCAUGAAGAAUUUAGAGCAAAACAACAAGGAAAGAUCGGGGUCACAAUGAACUUUGAUUGGCAUGAACCAAAGAACAGGUCUGACCCCAGUGACUUGGAAGCCUCAGAAAUUGGAAAUGACUUCUUCUUUGGAUGGUUUGGGGAUCCAAUAUUCCUAACAGGAGAUUAUCCAAAGGUGAUGAGGGACAAAAUUGGAAGCCAUAGUCGCCACCAGAAUUUGAAAGAAAGCCGCCUUCCAAGUUUUAGCAACUAUGAGAAAAGCUUCAUAAAAGGCACAGCUGACUUCAUAGGACUGAACUUUUAUACAUCCAAUGUGGUCACACAUAAGGCUAAUCCAACCUAUGAUAUAAACUACUAUGAUGACACAGAUUUGACAUUUACAAAGGACCCAUCAUGGCUAGGAUCUGGAUCUUCAUGGUUGAAGUUCACUCCUUGGGGUCUAAGGAAAGCUUUGACCUGGAUCAGGAACAAGUAUGGCAAUGCUCCUAUUUAUAUCACUGAAAAUGGAGUGUCAGACAAAAAUGGCAGUCUUCAAGAUGAUCACAGAAUAUAUUUUUAUAAACAUUACAUAAAUAAUGUCCUGAAAGCAAUCCGAUUGGAUGAUGUGGAUGUUAGAGGGUAUACUGCAUGGUCCUUAAUGGAUAACUUUGAAUGGUUGCAAGGUUAUUCAGAGAGAUUUGGACUUCAUUAUAUCAACUACAGUGACCCAGAGAGACCAAGAACACCAAAAGCAUCUGCUAGAUUUUUUAGAGAUUUGAUAAUAGAUAAUGGCUUCUUCAGACCUGAUGAUAGACCUCCAUAUACUACAAUCUCACGUCCAAGAGACCCUAACAGUCUACCAAUGAUGGAUGAUUUCUAUUAUGGAACUUUCCCUGAUGAUUUUGCCUGGAGUUCAGCCACAGCUGCUUACCAAGUAGAAGGAGCUUGGAAUUUAGAUGGUAAAGGACCAAGUAUAUGGGAUACUCAUUCACACAAUGGUAAAAUAGAAAACAAUGCUACAGGAGACGUAGCUUGUGAUAGCUAUCAUAAAUAUCAUGAUGAUAUCAAGUUAAUGAAAGAUAUGAAGGUCACUCAUUACAGACUCUCAAUCUCUUGGCCAAGAAUUUUACCAGAUGGCACCACAAAAACAAUAAACAAACUUGGUAUUCAGUACUACAACAACCUAAUAGACGGUCUUCUUGCAGCAGGAAUCACACCAAUGGUGACAUUAUAUCACUGGGACCUGCCACAGGCUUUACAGGACAAGUAUAAUGGCUGGCUGAGUGACAGUAUGCAGGACUUGUUUGGAGAAUAUGCUAGGAUAUGCUUCAGAGAAUUUGGAGAUAGGGUAAAAUUCUGGAUUACAUUAAAUGAGCCUCGUGUUGUAGCUACACAAGGUUAUGGUGAUGGGCACAUGGCUCCAGGCAUUAUAGGACCGGGAACUUUUAUGUAUCAGGCAGCUCAUAAUCUUAUCAAGGCCCAUGCCAGAGCUUACCAUAUCUAUGAUGAGGAAUUCAGAUCUCUUCAGAAAGGUAAAAUUGGAAUAACAUUGAACUUUGAUUGGCAUGAACCAAAGGACAAAAAUAAUCCAGACGACCUUGAAGCCUCAGAACUAGGGAACCAGUUUUGGCUAGGACAGUAUGCAAAUCCAGUCUAUUUGAAUGGGGACUAUCCAGAGGCCAUGAAGGUCAAGAUUGCUAAUAAGAGUAUACAUCAAAAUUACAAUACAAGUCGUCUGCCAGCAUUCAGUGAUUACGAAAAAAGAUAUAUAAAAGGCACCUCAGAUUUCUUUGGUUUGAACUUCUACACUUCAAAUCUUGUCUCGAUGAAAGAUAAACCAAGUUAUGUAGUAGAUUAUAAUGAGGAUCCAGACAUCAAUUCUGUGAAGGAUCCAUCAUGGCUUGGGUCUGGAUCUUCAUGGCUAAAGGUUACACCAUGGGGACUAAGAAAAGGUCUAAACUGGAUAAGAAAUCACUAUGGAGAUGUUCCGGUAUAUAUAACAGAGAAUGGUAUCUCUGACAGAAAUGGAAGUCUACAGGAUGAUCAUAGAAUAUACUAUUAUAAACAUUAUAUCAAUAAUGUACUUAAAGCAAUUCAAUUGGAUGAUGUAAAUGUUAAAGGAUACACAGCCUGGUCACUGAUGGAUAAUUUUGAGUGGAUGAGAGGAUAUACAGAGCGGUUUGGUCUCCACUAUGUCAACUUCAGUGAUCCAAGCAGACCCAGAAUUCCAAAGGCUUCUGCCAAUUUCUAUAGAAACUUAAUUAUCAACAAUGGCUUUGUUAACCUAGAUAACCACCCACCAUUUGAACAUGUUAAGCAUACUAGAGAUCCAAAUAAACUACCAAUGAUGGAUGAUUUUUAUUAUGGAACUUUCCCUGAUGAUUUUGCCUGGAGUUCAGCCACAGCUGCUUACCAAGUAGAAGGAGCUUGGAAUGUAGAUGGUAAAGGACCAAGUAUAUGGGAUACUCAUUCACACAAUGGUAAAAUAGACAACAAUGCAACAGGAGAUGUAGCUUGUGAUAGUUAUCAUAAAUAUCAUGAAGAUAUCAAGUUAAUGAAAGAUAUGAAGAUGACACACUAUAGAUUCUCUAUUUCAUGGCCAAGAAUCUUACCAGAUGGCACCACUCAGUCUUUCAAUCGUAUGGGUGUUGAUUACUACAAUGACUUGAUAAACAGUUUACUAGCAGCUAAUAUAACACCUAUGGUUACCCUGUACCAUUGGGACUUACCACAGACCUUACAGGACAAGUAUGGAGGAUGGGCUAAUGAAACAGUGUCAGAAUUGUUUGCACAGUAUGCCAGAAUUUGUUUCAGAGAAUUUGGAAACAGAGUGAAAUUUUGGAUAACACUCAAUGAACCUCGAGUUGUAGCCACACAGGGGUAUGGUGAUGGUCAUAUGGCCCCAGGAGUCAUAGGACCAGGAACCACAACAUAUGUAGCAGCCCAUAAUUUGAUCAAAGCUCAUGCAAAGGCAUACCAUAUCUAUGAUGAAGAAUUUAGACCAACUCAAAAAGGACAAAUUGGAAUAACAUUAAAUUUUGACUGGCAUGAACCAAAAAACAUGGAGGAUCAAAAUGAUCUGAAAGCAUCAGAAAUAGGGAACCAGUUCUGGUUAGGCCAGUAUGCCAACCCUGUGUAUGUCAAUGGAGAUUACCCUGAUGUUAUGAAGUACAAAAUUGGAAACAAAAGUAUCCAUCUUAAUUACAGCAAAAGUCGUCUCCCAGAGUUUACUGAUGAUGAGAAAAACUUCAUUAAAGGCACAUCAGAUUUCUUUGGAUUAAAUUUUUAUACUUCAAAUAUUGUUACACUGAAGUCAACUCCUAGCUACAAAGUCUACAAAGUGGACUACAAUGAAGACAAUGAUAUCACAUCAACAAAAGAUCCCACAUGGAUUGGAUCUGGAUCUUCAUGGCUAAAGGUUACACCAUGGGGACUAAGAAAAGGUCUAAACUGGAUAAGAAAUCACUAUGGAGAUGUUCCUGUAUAUAUAACAGAGAAUGGUAUCUCUGAUAGAAAUGGAAGUCUACAGGACGAUCAUAGAAUAUACUAUUAUAAACAUUAUAUCAACAAUGUAUUAAAAGCAAUAAGAGUAGAUGGUGUUAAAGUGAAAGGAUACACAGCCUGGUCACUGAUGGAUAAUUUUGAGUGGAUGAGAGGAUAUACAGAGAGGUUUGGUCUCCACUUUGUUGACUUCAGCAAUCCAAGCAGACCCAGAACUCCAAAAGACUCUGCACGAUUCAUGCGAGAUCUCAUAGUUCACAAUGGAUUUUUCCCGGAACCCAAUCAACCCACAGAACAACCACCAUUGAUUAUAAGAACACUCUCACCUUGUACAUCAGGGUCUAAAACAAUUUACACUUUCUCAUAUUUAGUUAUAUUAGGUUUCUUAUAUAUUGUAAAAUUACUAUCAUGAUGUUAUAUGAUUUUGUAAAUUUGUUUUGACAUUGUAAAUAUUGUGAAUUGUGUAAUCAGAUAAAAAAAAUCUGUUCAUUUUACAACCUAUGCCAUGCAUAUCUGUAGAUGAUUUAAAUCA